GGUACGGCCCCCCACCCGCCGCGGUACGGCCCCGGUACGGCCCGGCACCCGCCGCGGUACGGCCCGGCACCCGCCACGUGACACUGAUUCUAAGAAAUGGACAACAGCGUUUGUCAAUUUUAUGAAGACGAAAUCCAAUCACUGGAAGAAGAAAUUAAACUGUUGACUGAGAAGUAUGAAGACAGCCAACAAGAAGCCAACUUUUUUUCUGAUGAGAUGUUAAUGGCAAUGAAAUCAUUCCAAAGAGAAUUUCAACGAGAAUCUAAGGAAAAUGAAUCUUCAUCAGACCUGAAAGCUCAGCUUGAAAGUCUGGAAAAAGAUCUCUCAUUUUUAAUGAAGUGUACUGGUAUUCAGUUCAUGAGUCAUUCCAAGAAAACAGUGGAAAAAACUAGAAACAGAACCAGACAGAAGCACAGAUUAUCAGGGAAUUGCUACUCCCUUUCUUUUCAACUGGAAUUCCAGCUUCUUGAAAUGCAGAGCAAAGAGAACAUAUCUACUGUUAUUACUGAUCUCAGCAUUGUAAUGGAAUCUGGAGAAGAUUCAGAUGUGAGCAAGUUUGUGUCAAGCACUGAAGAACGUGGAGAUCUUUUAAUGUUCUUCAGAAGCCUUUCAUCUUACGCUGAGUGGUAUGAACAUCGUAGAUGCACCUUCCUACACUUCAAGACAUGUCAUUGGAGAACUGACCUGAUGGAAAUAAUGACUGACUGGAUUCCUAGAACUACCCUAAGCAGAACCAUUGGCCUUCAGAAGACCUCUAGUUCAUAUCACUGCCAGUACGGACUGUCUGGGGCCCAUUGGCACCAUUUCCUUGUCCUGUCAGAGGCAGUCUGAACAGAAGUAGGAGAUUUUUUACUGGCCUUGUCAACUGAGACAGUUACACUUCAUUUAACUCUCCCCUGUUUUUGUCUUCUGCUCAAGUGUUUAAAUUAACUGGCAUGUAUGUGGAGUACUCAGCCAAAAAGUUCAGAAUUGACCAUUUGGGGGUGCUGGUGAGUGCCAUGAUGUACCAUUUUCAUUGUUGCCUUCAGGAUUCUCAAAGUGUUAAUAUUGUAGAUAAGUACCUCAAGACUGGAUGUUCUGUAGUAGUUCAGGACUGCUAAACUGUUGACUUGCAAAAAACCCAAACAACCUAGCCCUGAAAAACCAAGGCAAAGAACUUGAUAGUUUGCCAAGUCAAAAGACAAACUGUGGUUUAUGCUGGCAGGUUAUGCCCAAUAAAAAGUACCAUUUCAAUAUUAUUUGAAAGAACCCAUUAUUUUAAAGAACCCACCCAAAUAAAAUCAAGCACCUUUCAAAACAAACUUGCUGUGUUAUAACAGUGUUAAGCAGGUGUACUAGUAUAUCCCAUUCUUGAAACUUAAAACAGGAGACAUAUAACUGCAGCAGAGUUAAAAACAAUGCUUUAGUCUUAUUUGUGAAAGCCUGUCUUUUGUGGGUUUCUGAAACUGUAGCAAGGGUAGUAUU